CCCCUCUCUCCUCUCUCCCUCCGCCCUCUGAGCCUCGUGUCUGCUCCUCUCCUUCCGUGUCUCUCUCCCUCUCCUCAGCGUCCGUCCUCUCACGCACCCCUCUGCCUCUGCCGCGAUGGCGUCGAACGGCGCUGCUGCUGGCGCCGCGCGCAAGAAGCUCAACGGCUACGUGGGCUUCGCCAACCUGCCGAACCAGGUGCACCGCAAGAGCGUGCGCAAGGGCUUCACCUUCACCUGCAUGGUCGUCGGCGAGUCCGGCCUGGGCAAGUCGACCCUGAUCAACACGCUCUUCAACACGCGCCUGUACGCGCGCAAGGAGGUCCCACCGCCGCAUGCCGAGCGGCCAAAGACCGUUGCCAUCGAGAGCAUCAGCGCCGACAUCGAGGAGAACGGCGUGCGCCUGAAGCUCACCGUCGUCGACACGCCCGGCUUUGGCGACUUCAUCAACAACGAUGACAGCUGGAAGCCGAUCGUCGACAACAUCGAGUCGCGCUUCGACGCCUACCUCGAGCAGGAGAACCGCGUGAACCGCGCCAAGCUGCUCGACAACCGCGUGCACGCCUGCAUCUACUUCAUCCAGCCGACGGGCCAUUCCCUGCGACCCAUCGACAUUGAGUUCAUGCGCCGCCUGCACCAGAAGGUCAACCUCAUCCCCGUCAUCGCCAAGUCGGACACCCUCACCGACGACGAGAUCCUCUCCUUCAAGCAGCGCGUGCUCAACGACAUUGCGCACCACCGCAUCGAGAUCUUCCACGCGCCGGUGUACGACAACGAGGACGAGGAGACGAUUGCGGAGAACGAGGAGAUCAUCCGCAAGAUCCCCUUCGCCGUCGUCGGCUCGGACCAGGAGAUCGACACGGCCGACGGGCGCCGGGUGCGCGGCCGCGCGUACCCGUGGGGCGUCAUCGAGGUCGACAACGAGGCGCACUGCGACUUUGUCAAGCUGCGCCAGAUGCUCAUCCGCUCGCACAUGGAGGAGCUCAAGGAGCACACGCACGACGCGCUCUACGAGAAGUACCGCUCCGAGAAGCUCGUGGCGAUGGGCGUGACGCAGGACCAGUCGGUGUUCAAGGAGGUGAACCCGGCGGCCAAGAUGGCCGAGGACCGCGCGCUGCACGAGGCCAAGCUGGCCAAGAUGGAGAACGAGAUGAAGCUCGUCUUCCAGCAGAAGGUGGCCGAGAAGGAGGCGAAGCUCAAGCAGAGCGAGGAGGAGCUGUACGCGCGCCACCGCGAGAUGCGCGAUGCGCUGGAGAAGCAGCGCAUGGAGCUCGAGGACAAGAAGCGGCGCCUCGAGAGCGGCCGGCCGCUGACGCCCGAGAAGCAGAACCAGAGCUACCAGCAGGCGACGAAGAAGAAGGGCGGCUUCCUCAGAAAUUAGGCGGCCGCUGCAGCGCCGUAGCUGCUGCGUGCUGAGCGUCGUGCCUUGCGGCCCUCGACGGGCCGCAGCGCACAAGGUGCCAGUCCCGCCGGCUCUGUGAUCUGGAAACAGCCCGGCGGCCUUACCCCUUCCGCCGCCGGCUGCCGCACCCAUCGCUUCCUUCUGCCACUCUCCUUGACGACGCUUCUCGGCGCCGAGCGGGUGCGACCUGCCCGGCGGCCAUCCACGACCCUUCCCUCCUGUGCCUCCGUGAUCCCCACCCGGCCCAUGCCCCCUCUCCUUUGCGCCUUCGACUGUGCUUAUCGAAAUUACGAAUGUACUGGCCCGUCGCUGUCGUUCC